CUAACGGAAUUUUUACCAGGGAGUGGAGGUGAAGUUUCCCCAGAUAAAGUCUCCGCCGGUUGGGUCGACCUGAACGUUCCCAAGAACGGAAGUGAAGAUCUGUUACUCCUUACGAUAACGUGCGUUCACAAAUUUUCAGGGGACGUCUUCGGGCAGCUUCUGGCUGUAAUAAGUCUAAUACCCUUCGCCAUCGUAGCCGGUUUUCUCACGUUGAUACUUUUUAGGAGGGAUUUACACACCAUCGUGUUUUUUAUCGGAGUCGCCGUCAAUGAAUCUAUAAAUUACGUACUGAAGCACACGAUUCGCCAGGCGAGGCCGCUGAAGAGAGACGGCCUGUACGCCGAGUAUGGCAUGCCGUCUACACAUGCACAAUUUAUGUGGUUCUUCGCUGCGUACGCAACACUUUUUAUAUACUUUAGAUUAAAUUACAAUUGUACGAUAGCCGAGAGAUUUUGGCGGACAAUAGUAGCGAUAGGAUGCAUCGUCACAGCCAUACUGGUGACCUGCAGCAGAGUGUAUCUGCUGUACCACUCCAACACCCAGGUAUUCUGCGGUGCGCUGAUUGGGAUUGCGAUGGGGACAGCGUGGUUCAUAACAAUGCACACGGUCCUGACGCCGUUCUUUCCUAUAGUGGUCUCGUGGCGGAUAUCGGAGUUCUUGUUGCUGCGCGACACGACGCUGAUCCCUAACGUUCUGUGGUUCGAGUACACGAACAUCCGUACGGAGGCGCGGGCACGAGCGCGAAAGCUAUCGGCGAUCGGCAGGUCGCAUUGACAACCAAGUACGGUCGGCCGACG